UUUUUAGAUUGGAUAAAAACUUACUCAACUCAAAACACUAUCUCAACAAAACCAAUCGUUUCAACCUUUUUAAACUUGUGGUUUACAAGUUACGUUAGAUUCAAAUCGAGUUUAGCCAUAUUUGAAGAAAUCGUUGAUAAUCUAUUAAAUACGUUUGGAUCAAUAACUCAAGAUACACAAGGUGUACACACUUUUGAACUAAUCAACGAAGCAACUACUCAUACAUUUAUUGAAAAAAUUUCCAUUAUCUUGAAGAUGAUGUUCGAUCACGUUGAUUUAGUUAUAAACAGAUUAAAAUCUGAAUAUUCCAUUUUAAUGUAUCCAAACGUCCAAAGUCUCGAACGACGAAAAGAAAAUUUAAAAAAUAAAGAACGCGGGAUCUCUUGUUAUCUUUGUCUAUUAAUAACUAUUUUAGAUUCCGUUUGUACGAUUUUAGUUCCAAUCGGAAAUUUAUCCGAAGCCGUUUUGAAAAAUAUUAUUUCGUUGUAUAACUGUUUAAAUACUUGUGCCAAGUAUUUUCUUGCCAGAUCAUCGAAUAUCAAUCCAGCUUUCCAAUCGGCAAGAUUUGAUAGCGUAAUAAAACUAGCUGGACGACAACUUUCUCCAUCAGUUAAUAAAUUUAUAUUUUAUUUAGAAGAAACUCAAAAAGAAAACGAAUCCGAAGUGAAAAAGAAAAAAAAAUCCAAUGAUAUAUUAAAAAACAAAGUACUAUACGAAACGAAAUCGAUUCCUAAAGUCGUAUACUUAACUGAACAAUUUAGCCGUUUAGUUACCCAGUUAUCAAAAAAGACCAAAAUCGACGUUUUUAAAUACAUCGGACUUGGUACUACGAGAGAUUUUCGUAUUAAAGAUAUUAAUACCGUUUUAAAGAAAAGUAUAGNGAAGAUGUGGAAA